CAUUUUUUUUCUUUUUCUUUUAAUUUUAGUAAAAAAUCCCAGAAGUGGGAUGAAAUGAACAUCCUGGCGACAUAUCAUCCAGCAGACAAAGACUAUGGUUUAAUGAAAAUAGAUGAACCAAGCACUCCAUACCACCGUAUGAUAGGUGAUGAUGAAGAUGCAUUGAGUGAUUCAGAAACCACUGAAGCCCUGACCCCAGAUACAUUAGCUAAGAAAUUAGCUGCUGCUGAAGGCUCGGAGUCAAAGUAUCAGGUUCAUGUACAAGAAAGCAGUGAAGAUGAAGACGGUGACCUCUCACCUGAAGAACAAGAAAAAAAGCGACAGUUUGAAAUGAAAAGGAAGCUUCACUACAAUGAAGGACUGAAUAUGAAAUUAGCUAGGCAAUUAAUUUCAAAAGAUCUACAUGAAGAUGAUGAAGAUGAAGAAAUGUUAGAGAGUGCAACUGGAGAAAGUAUGAAUAUGGAAGAAUCAAAUCAAGGAUCUACUACAAGUGACCAACUGCAAAACAAAUCACAGAGUUCAUAGAAGAGAUUUGUUCAACACUCAUUGUUGAUACAGACCCUGUUGCUAUACUUUACUGCUCUUGUUCUCUACAAUUCAUGACUUAAGUACCAAAAUGCAUACCAAUGUUGCCAAGAAUUAAAUAACUUUAGAGACUAAUUAGACUUGAAAAUGCCUAAUUGAUAUAUAUAUAUACACAUAUUCUUGUGCCUAGUAUUUCACCACAAAUACAGCAUAUCAUCAGUCCAAAAUUGCAUUACUUUUUUAAGAACACUGGUUAAUUUGUAUAAGAUAGUACAUAGCUUUUUAUGCUUUAGAGGUUAAAUAAUAUCUUGGGAAGGGGGAGGGGAUUUAAUUUAUUUUCUUCACUUCUAGAUGUGAUAGCUCGUAUAAAAUUUUUUUAAGUCAAAAUCCAAUUUGAACAACAGAUUAUAUAGGCUGAUAAAUAUUCAAUCUGAAAAGUAUUUUAACACAUUUCAACUUGAUUUUUCUCUUUAAAUAAAAAAGAUUACAAGAAUUACUAUUGCAUUUUCUGGCCUACUACCUUUAAAAUUCCUUUUGAGUUUGUUUAUGUUUUCAGGGAAAGGAUUAAACUUUUCCUCACCAAAACUAGCUUUAUCCACAAAUAAAUUAUCAGGUUAAACUUGCA